AUGUUACGGUGGGAAUCUCUUCUUCUUCUUUUCCUUACCGUCGCUCACUCAAAAGAAGCCUCAAGAGCUUCACGAGGAAAUCAAGGUGAAAAAGAUCGAGAUGAUGCUUGGGACUUCGAGCGAGCCAUCCCAACUCCACACUCGUCGAAACCCGUCAUCACCACAACCCCGCGCCUCCCAGUGACCACCCAGGCUCCGGCUCCCGGCUAUCCAUUCCCAGCACCAUUUCCCCAUCCGAAUCCUCUGCCAAUCUAUCCAGCUCCACAGCCAAACCCCAUCCAACCAUACAACCCAUUCAACCCGUAUCCCUCCGACGAUCACUACGCCACUGCGCCAAAUGGACAUUUGCCUUCAAUCGGUCAUCCAGUUCAAGGGCCGCCGCGCACCGCCUAUGGACAGGGCUUCAAACGAGUGACUUGUCGUUGUUGUUGUCGCGAAGAGACGAUCACUCCGCGUUUCCGUGUGCACUGCCAUCAGCCAACUCCACAACCGCCUUGCGACUGUCGUUGUGCCACCAGAUGUGGAAGCACUGGUGGUUGUAACACUCCAAACUAUCCGAUCGCUCCAAUCGGUCCCUCAGAUUGCGGUCGAAGACUCUUUGAUCCAGAUUGUAACCGAGUGCCCACUCAGUAUGGAGGACAGCCAGUCGAAAUCCCGCCAUUCCUCAACUCAGAAGGUCUUCCCGAUCAACAACCUGAGUACCCAUUAGGAUCAGAGCCCUAUCCAACUGCCGCAACUACGUUCCCGAUUCAGACAACCACAAAGAGUUCCUCCACCGUCGCUUUGACCGCAGCUCUUGCACUCCUCAUUGCCAAAGGCCUCUUUGCA